GCCCAAAAUUACAUCAAAUACACACAGUGAAGAGAGAAAACGAUUCUAGGAUUUCAAAGAAUCAGACAACGCGGCGUCUAUCUUCUUCGCCCGCUACGAAAAAAACAAACGGAAGAUCGUCAUUUUUCUUCUUCUUGUUCUCCUUCAGGGUUUUCUUUUAUAGGUAGGACAUAGCGAGAGAUUAAAAAAGGGGUAUCAGUUUAGCGAGAAAUGGAUGGAGGGCACCCUUUCGUUAAUGGUGACGAUGAGCAACUACAAUUUGACAACCUUAAUCAAAAUCAUGAAGAUUAUGAUGAUAAUGUAGAUGAUAGUGGUGGAGGCAAUGAGAUAAGGCAUUCAAUCAAUGACAGUAGUCGUGACUCUUCCGCAGGAAAACUUUUUGUUGGAGGCAUUGCUUGGGAGACUUCAGAAGAAUCCUUCAGCAGUUACUUCAGCCAUUAUGGGGAACUUACAGAUUCUGUGAUAAUGAUGGAUAAAAUUUCUGGGAGACCACGUGGAUUUGGGUUUGUAACAUUUGCUGAUCCUGCUGAUGCGGAUAAAGUCUUGGAGCAAGAUCAUGUCAUAGAUGGCAGACCAGUUGAAGUGAAGAGGACAGUUCCAAGGGAGGAUAUGCAGGGUAGUAGAGGUGUAUCAAGAACAAAGAAAAUCUUUGUUGGUGGCAUACCAUUAACUUUAACAGAAGAUGAGAUGAGGGAAUAUUUCUUGUCUUAUGGUGAGAUUGUAGAACAUCAAAUAAUGCUAGAUCAUGUCACUGGUCGAUCAAGAGGCUUUGGUUUUGUUACAUUUGAUAGUGAAGAGGCUGUGGAUAAGAUUUUUGCUGAUGGUCAACUACAUGAACUUCAAGGCAAACAAGUGGAAAUAAAGCGGGCCGAGCCUAAAAGGGCUGGGGCUGGGGCUGGCGGUGAUUUCUCAUAUGACAGCCGGUCACGUGGUCGUGGUGGUGGUUCCAAGUCCUAUGGUGGUGGCUUCGGUAGGGGUGCAGCCGGGUAUGGCGGAAAAGCCGACAGAGGGUAUGAUGAUUAUGGUGGUGGUUAUGCUGGUUAUGAUGGUUAUGGUGGAGGGUAUGGAGGCGGCACUGCUGGUUUUUAUGCUGGUUAUGGUGGAUAUGGGUAUGGGUACGGGUUUGGUGGGCCCAUGUAUGGUGGUGCUGGCUAUGCCGGUUAUGGUGGUUAUGGAGGGGCUGCCGGUUAUGCUGGAGGUCGGGGUUAUGGAAGUGGUAGUGGUAGUGGAGGUGGUGGUGGUGGUUAUGGUGGUAAAGGGUUUGGUAGGGGAGGCGGUGGAUAUGGAUAUGGAUACGGAUAUGAUGGUAGUAAAGGGUAUGAUAGCAGCAACGGUGGUGGUGGCGGCAGUAGUGGCGGCAGUGGUGGUGGAAGGUUCCAUCCAUAUAGGAAGUGAAGAUCAUAUGAAUUAUGAUAUAGGUAGAUGACGAUAUGGAAAUUUGAAUUUGCAGUUUCUGUUAUGCUUUUGAUUCUAUAUGUGAAUUAAUCUUGAAUUGUAUUUUAUUAGAAGCUUAGAAAUGAGUCGAGGAAUUCAAAUUUGUAACUUAUAGAACUCUAUUUUCAAAACAAAUCAAUAUCGACUUUUUCUUGAUCAA